AGGGCGUUAGCUUUUGUGGCGCUAGAAUUCAUGAAGCAAAGCCUCAGCCGAUACGCGUGGUUGACCAUGUACUGGUGAUGUACUAGACUUUUCCCAUGCCCUGUUCAUUUCACGAUUAGGCCUAACUGUUGUAGUCAAGAUGUCCGGUGCAGAGUUGACAUUGUACAAUUCCGCGGAAGGAAAAAGAUCCAUAAAUGUUGCACCCGCUUCUUCUACUCCUGGACAGGAACCUUUGGUGGGGAAAGACCAGCACAAGUAUGGCACGGGGAGCCCGGGGACUGCCACCCCACACACUACAGUGUUCAUGGUGGACAAGGAUAGAACUACACAGAUGUCACACGAGGCCAAACUGGGCGCAACAGUCUCCUUCCACAGCAUCAGCUAUGACGUACAAGUGGCCAAGAAGGGAUGCUGCAAGGGUACUGAGCCCAAGAGGAUUCUGAAGGAUGUCAGUGGACUAUUCCGACCAGGUAUGAAUGCCAUCUUGGGGCCUACAGGGAGCGGGAAAUCAUCGUAACCUUCUGAUGUCUUGGCAGGGAGGAAGGAUCCAGCUGGGCUGUCUGGCACCCUGUUAAUGGACAGCAAUCCUGUCCCAGAUAACUUCAAAUGUAUGGUCGGCUAUGUGGUGCAGGAUGAUGUUGUGAUGGGCACAUUAACUGUACGUGAAAAUCUGUUGUUCUCAGCAACCCUGAGAUUGCCCAAAGCAUAUUCUGCAGAAGCCAGGAAGAUGCGAGUAGAGGAAACUAUCCAGGAGUUGGGACUGACCAACUGUGCUGAUUCCAAGAUUGGUAACGAGUUUAUUCGGGGUGUGUCUGGGGGAGAGAGGAAGAGAACUAACAUCGGUAUGGAGCUGAUCAUUGCUCCUCCCAUUUUGUUUCUGGAUGAACCCACCACAGGCCUGGACGCCAGCACGGCCAACGCGGUCAUGCUGCUGCUCAGACGACUUGCCCUGCGCGGGAAGACAAUCAUCUUCUCCAUCCACCAGCCUCGCUACUCCAUCUACCGUCUGUUUGACUCGCUCAUGCUGCUGUCUCAUGGGGAGACUGUCUACCAUGGCCCCUCAGACGAGGCACUCCAGUACUUCCAUUCCAUUGGCCAUCAGUGUGAAGAGCACAACAACCCUCCAGACUUCUUCCUGGACAUCAUAAAUGGAGAUUCCACAGCUGUAACUGGGACAGCCGAUGACCAGCCAAAUGGUAUCCUCACACAUCUCUCCCGUCAAGAAGAAGGUAGAGGGGGCCAUCCUCCAGACUCACCCCAACAUGACUAUGAUGUGUGGAAGACUCUAAUCUCCAGUCAUGAGAGGGGCACUGAUUCUCCUGUUCACUGUGAACUGGUGGGACAGUUCCGAAAAUCCGGGCAUAAACAGAGACUCCAUGAGGAGUUGGACCCAAUCCUGAAGGACUAUGAACAGAGGGUACACCGUGGGGAGGCUAUUAUCAUCCCCAAAGUAGACUAUGCCACAUCAUUCUGGACACAGCUCCGUGUCGUGUCUCAAAGAGCUGUGAAGAAUAUUGUGAGAAAUCCUCAAACCUCGAUUCUUCAGGUGAUUGUCAUGAUCAUAUUUGGUCUGAUCGUGGGAGCUAUCUAUUUCCAGAUUGAGCCUUCCCUUAAGUCAGGUGUACAGAACAGAGUGGGUGCCUUCUUCUUCAUCAUUAUGAAUCAGGUGUUUGGGAAUUUGUCAGCUGUAGAGCUCUUCAUUAAGGAACGGGUAAUAUUUAUACAUGAAAAUGCCAGUGGGUUUUACAGAGUGUCCGCUUACUUUCUUGCCAAAAUAUUCUGUGAUGUGAUCCCAAUGCGUGCUGUACCGGUGGCUGUAUUUUCAUCAAUCACCUAUUGGAUGAUAGGUUUCCGUCCAGAAGUGGGUGCCUUCUUUGUCUACAUGCUGACUUUGUUUCUGACGACGAUGAGUGCAGUCGGCAUCUCCUUCAUCAUCAGUGCCAGUGUCAAAAUCUACGCCAUUGCUAAUCUACUCAUUGCACUCAGCUAUGUCUUCAUGAUGUUGUUCAGUGGCCUACUGGUGAACCUGGAUGAUAUAGCAGACUGGCUCAAGUGGCUCAAAUGGUUCAGUAUCUUUCGCUACGGGCUUCAGGCCUUAAGUAUCAAUGAACUGAAGGAUUUAGAGUUCUGUGAUGCAAACAAUACAAAUAUUUGCUCUCCUGCAGGAAAUGUCUACCUGGAGACACAAGGCAUUGUGUUUGACUCAGCCUGGGACCUGUGGUCAAAGGAAGUAGCCUUGGCUGUCAUUUCCUUCAUUUGUCUGGUUCUGGCUUAUAUCCAACUUGUGCGAAUUAAAAAGUUAAAGUAAGGUGUCGUGAUAAAUGUUUACAGGCAGCUUACAGGCGUCUAUCUGCUGUUUUAAGUACUGGCAGUUUUAUGCCCGCUUACACAAUAACCUUAUGCAAUAGAGAUGUAGAAGUUGCUUGUAAGGUGUGAUGGAUACGGCAGGUAAAUCAUGAAGAUGGUAGCUAAACCAUAUUUAAUGUUACGGGACAUACCCACAAAAGCUGGACUUUCUACUAUGUUGUGAUUCUGGAAUAAUCUUCCAUCCAUAUCAUUUGUUAUGUAAUAUUUAUAUGGAAGUUUUAUUGUAUAGGGUUUUAUGGCAUAGUUAAUUUUUAUGCAGCUGUAUCAUUUGUUAUUCAUGGAAGUAUCCAUAUGAAGAUGUGCAUUAGAUGAGUUAUCCUCGAAUAAAUCGUAUCUAUCAUUUGUUGUGGAGUAUAUCACCGUAAAUCUGUGUCAUUUAUCUUCUGGUAUAUCCACCUGACUGUUAGCACUCCGCAGUAUAUAUUCCAUUUGUCAAAUGAAAGUUUUUUGGGGUUCAGAGGUGACCAUUACAAGUGCUCCGGUGCAUUUUAUGUUGACAUUACAGCUUCGGCCAGGAUUGAAAUCCAUGACAACAAUAAACAUAGAGUGAGGAACAAAUGUCACUGUGGUAAAUUGGCUUGAUCCGACAUAGUGAUAGACUUGUAAAACUUGACCCAGAUUGGGAUAUGUCAAGCUGAAUGUUUGACUGUCUACAAUGGGUAAUAAAGUCAACAACUAUACAAGGGCCACUGUGUGAGUGUAUAAUCUGGGUCAGGUCGUCCCCUGUACAGUAUAGGACUGAUUAUGUGUUAGAUGAACAUGUGUAUAAUCUGGGUCAAGUCGUCACGUGUACAGUAUACGGCUGAUUAUGUGUUACAUGAACAUGUGUAUAAUCUGGGUCAAGUCGUCACCUGUAGAGUAUACAGCUGAUUAUGUGUUAGAUGAACAUGUGUAUAAUCUGGGUCAAGUCGUCACGUGUACAGUAUACGGCUGAUUAUGUGUUACAUGAACAUGUGUAUAAUCUGGGUCAAGUCGUCACCUGUAGAGUAUACAGCUGAUUAUGUGUUACA